AUGCCGAUUACUGAAUCAUCAUCAUCAGCUCCGAGCUCAAUUUUCUCGAUCCUGAGCCGGCGGCGCGAUCAGGUCCAUUCAAUUGAGCCGCCGUCGCACUCCGCCGCCGACACGGAGGCGGAGGCCUUCCAGCGCCACGUCGCCGACCGGUUCAACGGCCUAGCGGCGGCGGACUCCGGCAGCCUCCUGUCAAUCCCAUGGCUGCGCAGCCUCCUCGACGCAUUCCUCCUCUGCCAGGAGGAAUUCACGGCGAUCAUGGCCAGCAACGCCGCCGUCCUCCGCCGUACUCCGGUGGAUCGCGCCGCCGCCUACUACUUCGACCGGAGCGUCAAAGCCCUUGACGUCUGCAACGCCGUCCGCGACGGAAUUGAGCUGAUCAGACAGUGGAAAAAGCAGCUUGAAAUUGUCCUCACCGCCUUGGAUGGCCGCCGGAGAGCCACCAGCGACGCCCAAUUCCGCCGAGCCAAGAAAGCCCUAAUCAAUCUCGCCAUCGGAAUGCUCGACCGGAAGCAAUCCACAGCCACGUUCGCGACGAGAAACCGCUCGUUCAGCCGCCACCACGACCAGAAAAGCCCGGGGGUAGUCCACUCCCGGUCCCUCUCGUGGAGCGUGUCCCGGUCGUGGUCCGCCGCGAAACAACUGCAAGCAUUAUGCAAUAACCUAACCCCGCCCCGUCCCAACGAGACGAACGGGGUUAGUUUAUCCGUGUUUACUAUGAGCCACGUGCUCGUGUUCACAAUGUGGGCCCUGGUGGCCGCAAUCCCGUGCCAGGAUCGCAGCCUGCAGGCCCAUUUCCACGUCCCGAAGCAGUUCCCGUGGGCCGGGGCAAUCCUCUCGCCACGGGAGAGGAUAUUGGAGGAGUCGAAGAGGGCGAACGCGUGCGGGUUGCUGAGGGAGAUUCGAGAGAUUGAGAGAUGCUCGCGGCGUUUGAACGAGCUCGUUGAUUCUGCGGAGCUCCCAUUGUCGGAGGAGAGGGAGAGGGAGGUGAAGGAGAGGGUUGAGGAAGUGAGGAAUGUGAGUGAGGGUUUGAAGAGGGAGCUUGAUCCAUUGGAAUCACAAGUUAGACAAGUGUUUCAUUGCAUUGUUCGAAGUAGAACUGAAGGUCUUGUUUUUAUUACAUGA